CUAUAUCGCGUGUACGUGGGACUUGGCGAAAACCAACCCGGAAGUAAGAAUCGCCGUGCCUGAGCGUGUGAGAAGACUGUCGUGGAACUGAAAUAAAUCUUCAGUCGUUUUUCUGUGCCAAUAGUCUCGCAAAUAGUGAGAGGUUUAAGUGUUGCAUUAGUUUCUUACUACGCAUUUGCUGCAAGAUGCCUCUUAAAUUCGAGCUUUGUCCGGGAAGAAUGAUCGGGGGUAACCAUCCCUGCUUCAUCAUUGCAGAAAUCGGACAAAAUCAUCAAGGAGAUAUUGAAAUCGCAAAGAAAAUGAUCAAACUGGCUAAGGACUCUGGAGCAGACUGUGCCAAGUUUCAAAAGAGCGAGCUUGAAUUCAAGUUCAAUAAACGUGCCCUGGAACGCCCCUACACCUCCAAACAGUCAUGGGGAAAGACUUAUGGGGAACACAAGCGUUACCUCGAAUUCAGUCAUGAACAAUACAAAGAGCUGCAGAAGUAUGCCAAGGAAGUUGACAUCUUUUUCACCGCAUCAGGCAUGGACGAGAUGGCUGUAGAAUUCCUCCACGAGUUGGAGGUUCCAUUUUUCAAAGUUGGAUCUGGAGAUACCAAUAACUUUCCCUACCUAGAAAAGACUGCAAAAAAAGGGAGGCCAAUGGUGGUGUCCAGUGGAAUGCAGUCCAUGGAGACCAUGAGGACUGUCUACCAAACAGUGAAGAAGCACAACCAGAACUUUUGCAUUCUGCAGUGCACCAGUGCCUAUCCUCUUGAGGCUGAGGAUGUUAACCUGCGGGUCAUCACUGAGUACCAGAAGGAGUUCCCAGACAUUCCCAUUGGAUACUCAGGUCACGAGUCAGGAAUCAGCAUUAGUUUGGCGGCAGUCGCACUUGGAGCAAAGGUGGUUGAGCGUCACGUGACCCUGGACAAGACCUGGAAGGGCAGUGACCAUGAAGCCUCUCUGGACUUCGACGAGCUGGCUGAGCUUGUGCGCUCCAUCCGCACUGUGGAACGGGCGCUGGGCACAGGCGUUAAACGGAUGCUACCCUGUGAGGUGCCAUGCCACGAUAAGCUGGGCAAGUCUGUUGUGGCAAAGACUGCCAUUCCAAAGGACACAAAGCUAACCCUGGACAUGAUGACGGUGAAAGUGGCUGAACCAAAAGGGGCGCCACCAGAAGACAUCUUCCAGCUGGUUGGCAAGAAGGUUAUAGCUGACGUGGAAGAAGAUGAAAGCAUCACUACGGAAAUCAUUGACAACUAUGGCAAAAAGGCCAAAUGCUGAGGGAGGUACAUCAGUGAACAUUCCUGAUAUUGCCCUCCUCCAGGCAGCGGAGUCCAUACAUGGGUUAUUUGUAAACAUGUUCUAACCCAGUUUUAUUCAGUUCUGUUCUGUUCUGUGAGUUGGGCCAGAAUCUUGUUGUUUAAAUUGUGAUACGACAAUUUCUGUGUAGUAACAACUUGCUGGUAAGCACUUUUAUUUUGACAUUGUGGGAUAAACAAACAAUGCCAUUGUUUGAUAGAGGCCAUUAAAAUCUUUUUCAACACA